UGGAGGGCUCUGCCAGGCUGCACUCUGGCCUAGCUUUCAGGCCUCCAUUUUCUCCAAACACAUGGACUUCUGCACCUAACAAACAAUUUGCAGACUGUUUUUUGGAAAGCCUCUCCUCUAAGCUGUCUCAGCAGGCCCACCGGGAAGCUCCUACCACAUCUACCUUCCAGGAGAUACACCAAGCCACUUCCUCAAGGCCUACCUCGGCACCCACCCAAAAGGACCAGCAGGCCAGAGACCUCCACCUGCAUUCCCUAGGUGGCGCUGGUGACCGGACUGGCCUUGUCGGGCGGCGGGCCCCAAUUGAGCAGCUGCAGGAGGCUACACCCAUGAUGAUUGGGACUCCAAAGGCUAACACUGCCACUUUGAAAGCCCUAUCUGAGCCCUCCACUCAGCACUCUUUUGGGGUCGCGCCGCCUGCCUUGGCCUCUCUGGAAGCCAGCGCUACCACAGGUCUGGAAUCCAACACCCAAGAACUCUUCACCUACACCCCUUCCUUCGACCACGACAGAAGCUACUCCCCAGGCCCCUGUAAACCCACCUGCCACGACAACGGACCCGAGAAAUGGACCAUUACAACACGGACGCAAUAUGUGGUAUUGGGCGACGCCCACAUCAGUAAAUUCCCAUCUCACUCAAACCUGGAUCUACAACUCGACAGCUACCCCUAUGCCAACUUCCGGCACUUCCAUAAGCUUUUUAAAAGGACAGCACCCAACCCCACCACUGCAACCAUCAUCCUCGCAGUUGGCUUUAAUGACAGGUUCCAGGACCCCAAGGACGCCGGCAAACAACUAAAAGCCAUGCUGAGACAUGCAUAUGUCGCCUUCCCCAAUGCUGAAAUAUAUGUACCCCUCAUCAACUUCUCCCCAAACCUCAGCCCCGAACACAGGUGCACCCUCAAAUACAUUAACAAGGUCAUCAGCACUCUUCAACAUAUCCCUGCAAUCCCACCCCAGGACUUCAUAACGGAACCCAAUAAUCUCAUCUGGACGCCUACCACAGCCAAGCUCAUCCUCAGACAGUGGCGUCAGUUCCUCAUCAUUUAAUUCCUAACCUUAACCCUUACCCACCCUCUCAUCCUAACCCUAACCCUACC